AUGGCUCCAUCUCAACCGCUGCCGGAGAACGUCCAGGAUUCGCAAAAGGUUACCAUUCGGUCCGUGUCGCGACUUGAAGAUUUAGAGGAACCUGCUUGGGAUCUCACGAUCCGGCCCCCAUUUGCUGCUGGCUCAUCACGCUAUCCACCACACUCCCGAGAGUCGUCGAUCGAAAACCUCCAACCGACGCUGGCGUCGCCUCGAACCCAUGGCCCCGGUCCGCGUCAGCCCGUUGCCGGAGGAGGCGUCGAGCCGAACAAGAACACAGUCUAUAGCCAUCACCGACAGACUUCCAUCGUUCACGGUUUCCAGCAUUCGAGAAAUGGCAGUGCCACGAGCUCGGCCGGCCCCCUCAGCCCCCAGAUGAUUGCUGCCGCAGGCGCUGGAAUCGAUCGAGCCGAAGCCCAUUCUGCUGCUGCCCGUCUGGAUGCCGAAUCGGGCAAUCCCCCGCGUCCCACGACAGCCUUGGGUGCCCCCUUGCCCAACCACAAUGGCAUUCCCAUGGAGAGGUCGGCCUCGGCCAUGGAAAUGUCUCCCCAAGCCUCCACCCAGCGCAAGAUCGACGCCCGCUCACGCCGCGACCAGCCGGCCCAUCAGUCGCACUCCUCCCGUAUGCAUAGGGAUGAGCAAAAGACUGUGGGCGAGUAUGCGCUUCACGUCCUCUUCACUUCGUUCAUUGCCCAAGCCGAAGAGAAGCUUAACGAGUGCAUCACCAUGCCGUUUGAGCCGGAGCCGCAGAUUGACAAGAUAUGCGGGCCUGGCGUGGAUCCGGCCUUUGAUCAGCUAAUCGUCGCCCUCGGUCACAUUGCCAGUCCGAAGCCGAAGGCCUUGAUCGACUCCAUGAUGCUCUGGAGGAAGAGCAAAAGCGACGCUGCCAGCGAGGCCCGAAGCCAACUUCAUCAGAUACGAGGAAACCACCCUGGCGGCCCGUUGCUACGCAGAAACACCGAGCCAUCGCAGGGAGUCUUUUCGGACGCCUCGUCGAGCGGCGCCGUAUCCUCGAGACAGGAAUACGUCGCCCAGCAGGAGCGUCGAUCGACCGUCUCCAUAUACAUUCUCUGCCGAGUCCUGCUCGAGGUCAUCUGCCAGAGCAACUUGGCUUCCAUCACUCCCGAGAUGGAAGACAAACUCGAAAGCAUCAUAUUCGGCCAGCUGAAAAUUGCAGACUCGGACCAGCUCAUGACUUCGCCCCUGAAAAUGGCCAACUGGAAUCUGUUCGCCCAGCUGCUGGGGUACAUGAGCGAAAUCAACUUUUCCGGCGUCACCCGCCGCUUCAUCGAAGACCUCGAAGGUUCUGUGCCGGAGCGGAUAGUCAAGAGCCCGACCUUGUCCACCGCCCGGGAGGCCGAGAACAAGAUCGACCUCGUGCUCGGCGGCAUGAAGCAUCUGCGGAUCAAGAUAGCCCCCGAGAGCGCUUGGGAGGAGUCGUGCGACUUUCUCGUCUCCUUUGGCCGCUUGUUUCACAAGGCCCACGGUCCAAGGGUCAAGACGGCCUUCAGCACCGUCAUUGACAUGCUUAUCAUGCCCAUCGCCGCGAAAGCGAGCAACAGCCAUCUCAUGCACCCGAAAUGGGCCGACGUCCUUUCCGCCAUCGGCCCACGCCUCGCGCAAAUGUUCAUCAAGCCUCGUCACUGGACGACGGCGUUUCCCCUGACCGCGACGAUGCUUUGCGUCUCAUCGCCCGAGACCUUUGCCUCCCAGUGGUUGCAGCUGGUCCUGUCCUUGCAGGCAAAGGCGAAAGAUCGUGUCGCCAAGCCGCUCUGCUUUCAGGUCUUCUCCCGACUCAUCUGGACCUAUCUCUACCGCACCAACGACAGCUUCCAGGCAUCCGUCAGGAAGAUGGACGAUGUCAUGAAGCUGGUUCUGCCAUCCUCCAAGCGGAGCCUCGUAUCCGUCGACCCGGCAGUGACGGAGCCUUUGAUACAGAUUAUCCGCAUCAUCGGCUUCAAGUAUCCCGAGUACUGUUUUAGGGCCAUCAUAUUUCCCCUCAUCAACGCCGAGCUGUUUGGGGCCAGCAAGGAACUGCGGGUGGAGCAGCUGGAUCCCGAUCGCAUCGUCGUCGGCAUCCGGGCCUUCCUAUGCAUCAUGUCGGAUCUUGAGAAGGGGGAGCAGGGACGGCCGCCUUUCCCUCAAUCCUACGACACGCCGGCAUCGAACGAGAAGCUACCAGCGUCUCCCAUGUGGCCAUCACCUAGGCAUGGCCCGCUGUCGAACCCUGCGUCAAGCGUCAAGCACGAAAACGUCUCGCGCCCAGUUCUCACUCACGUGUUGAGUGACGGGGUCCGCGAGUACUACUUGCAAUUCUGCAAGGUCCUUGGGAAAAUCACCAUCGUAUGCGACAACACCUUUGGCGGUCAGGCGGCCUUGGACGAAAAGUUCAGCAGCACGGGGCCGAAGACGCCAAUCACGGACACGUUCAACUUCUCCCGUCGGGAUGAGCACCAGAAUGCGUCGGACCAGAAGCAGGCUUUCUACGAGCUGCUGCACGUUGCCGUUGAAGCGCUACCACGUUGCCUGUCGGUCGAUAUCCCCUUUAACUCGCUCAUCAAUCUUCUCUGCACCGGCACAGCCCAUGUUCAGUACAACAUUGCCGAGUCUUCGGCAAAUUCGUUAAAGUCCAUCGCUCGUUAUUCUCACGCCCAGCAGGUGACCAUGGGCUUUGCCCGCUUCAUUUUCAACUUUGACGACCGAUACUCCACAAUGUCGGACGGUGGCAUGCUCGGCCCCGGACACAUCGAGAACACGCUGCGGCUCUAUGUCGAGCUCCUGCAGAUCUGGAUAGAGGAGAUACGGCAGAAGAUUCGAGAUGCCGCUUCGAACCAGGCGGAUUCGAGUGCUUCGGAUAAACGAGCCCUGAACCUGGACUUGUCCAGCAUUUGGGCCGAGGUGGAUCAGGCCGAGGCCCAUGGUCUGUUCUUCCUCUGCUCGCAGUCUCGUCGGGUCCGCCACUUUGCCGUCACGGUUCUGCGUCUCAUCACCGCCUUCGACAAGGCUCUCGGGAAGGAUGGCGAGGAGAAGGAGUCGCCCCGGCUCAUCAACAUUCUUGAGAAUGAAUCGAUUCAGGUCAUGGACUUCAACGAUGAGAACCUCUCUGUGGCCGAGCGCAGCAGGCUUCAGCGAGGAUUGCAGACGUCGAACAGCAAAGGCGUCGUUGUCGAGCUUUGCACAAGCGAUCUUACAUACGACACCACCCUGUGGUAUAAGAUAUUUCCCAACCUCAUUCGCAUCGCCUUCGACAAAUGUCCCUUUGCUGUUGCCAUCUGUCGGGACCUCAUCUGCAACCGCAUUCUUCAGCUGUACAAGCCCAUUGUUCUCCUCUCGGAGCCAACCAGAGGCCUGCAUUUUGGAUCCGAUCAGGGCAAUGGCCGCUCGCAGACGCGUUCACCAGCAACGCAGCCCGAAGUGUUAAUCGAGCAAUGGAAGCUGUACCUCAUCUUCGCCUGCACGACCCUCGCGGAUGCGGGGACCCCGGCACCGAACCCCCCCAAGGAUGCGCAGCACACACGCAAGACGUCGAAGCCAGGGUCGACCGACAAGAUUGUCACGGCCAGAACUCUGUUCAAGUACUUGAUUCCUCUGUUGUCCUCGACAUCGGCCUCCGUGCGGGACGCUGUAGUGGUUGCCAUGGGCUCCAUCAAUGUCCACAUAUACAGGACCCUUCUGGAGGAGCUCCAGGGCCAGGCCUCCCGAUGCAACGACGACGCACGCGCCCGAAUUCACCAGCGAACCAACAGCGCUCCGAGGAGGAAUCGCAAGAUGGACUUGCUCCGCACCGAGAUAACGCACGUGUUCAAGCUGACGUCGCACUUUCUGAAAGACCCGCAAGUGUAUCAAUCAGAGUUCUUCCUCAACACGCUCACGUCGUACUCCAAGGAUCUGAAGCUAUUCCUCAUGGAUGGGGAGGUGCAGAUGGACUGGGAGUUUCAGAGGCUCAGGCGACACUACUGCGGCCUGAUGGAAGCCCUGUUCGAGGGAAUCAACCGGACCAAGGACCCGUCCCGUUGGAUGACAUUCGAGUCUCGCAAGUCCGCCUUCUCGCUCAUGGAGGAUUGGUGUGGUUUCUCCCCGAACCAACCCCAGAUACGAGCGAGGGAGGAUAGCAUGCGGCAAUCGCUCAUAGAUCAGCAGUCGAUGGGCGAGCGCGGGACUGUCACUGCUGCCAUGGAAAUCGAAAAGCGCAACUUGCGAUCGGCGGCCCUCAGCGCCAUGGCCGCACUUUGCGGCGGCCCCAUCAGCGUCACGACGGAAAGCGGCGUCACGCUGCAAUUCGAUGUUCGUCGGAUGCUUGCUUGGAUAGAGGCCAUCUUCAACUCGGGUAGCGACCGGAUGAAUGUCACGGGGCGGAGGGCCCUCAGGAACUUGGUCGUGCACAACCAAGAGUACCCCUACCUUCUCGAGCACUGCGUCGCCCGAUGCUACUCGGCAGAUGUGCCCAAGGUGCUCGAGAGUUACUUCACCGUCACGAUCGAGGUGCUGCAGGAGUACAGCUCGUACCCUUGCCCGUUCUGGAAAGCCCUAUGCCUCUGCCUCUACACCCUUGGCAACGACCAGAGCGAAAUCAGGUCAAAGUCCUCGACGGUCCUCCGCUCGUUGGAGGCACGCCAUCAGAGGAACUCUAGGAUCCAAGACUUUGACAUAAGCAUCUCGGACAAGACCCAGGCUGUUUACAAGCUCGCCCAGUUCGAAAUCUCCACGCGCUUGGCCAAGCAGCACCCUGAGCUUGCGUUCCACACCUUCUCCGAGUUCACGUACUACUUCAAGGAUCUCCAACCGGUGGCACAGAGAAACGUCAUCGCCGUUGUCCUCCCUUGGAUCCAAACGAUAGAGUUGAAGCUGGAUCCGAACGGAGGACCCACGGCCCAUUCGUAUGUCCUGCUGGCCAAUCUGCUGGAGCUCACCAUCCGGUCCAGCGGCGCGCUUCACAACGAGGUCCAGGCAUUAUGGCAGGCGCUGGCCGCGGGGCCGUAUCCUGGAAAUGUUCGCCUCGUGUUGGACUUUAUCAUGCAGCUCUGCCUUGAGCGACGGGAACAGAACUUUGUCGAAUACGCCAAGCAGAUCGUCGUCUUCUUAUCGACGACAAAUAGCACUCCCGGAAUCAAAGUUGUCGAGUUCUUGCUCCUGCAAAUCACCCCCAAGGCCAUGGUUCCCAACGAAAAGAGGGUUGCCAUGCCGCCUCCGCCAGACACCAGCAAUCUCCCUUACUGCGCCGACCUGAACGAGGCCUUGCCGGUGGGGACCAAGCAAGCCGGUUUUUCGCUUGGCCAGCUUUCGUUGAUUCUGCUGGUCGAUUUGAUGGUAUCACCUGUGCAUCUGACGCCGGACGGCGUACCGUUACUCCUCCAGGUCGUCACCGUCCUGUGGGAUCAUUAUACGCCGCUGGUGCAAGAACAAGCGCGCGAGAUGCUCGUGCACCUGGUCCACGAGCUUGUCAUAUCUCGCAUGGACGACGAAUCGCAGAGCGUGCAGAAGAGAAGCAUCGAAAAUUUGGUCGAUCUGAUUCGGCGACAUGAUCGAUCUGUCGUCUGGGGAUACGAAGACAGCAACGGAAAGGUCGACGACGAGGAUAACAAGGUACCCCCAAGCAUGGAAUUUCUCACGACAGAAGUUGUGAAGACCUUUGAGACAGCUUUCCCUGGCAUCAAAGAGCAAUGGGGCCGCUUGUCCUUGACCUGGGCAACCUCCUGUCCCGUUCGACACCUGGCCUGUCGAUCCUUCCAGAUAUACCGCUGCGUCCUCACGUCGCUUGACCAGUACAUGCUCGGCGAUAUGCUCGCCAGGCUGUCCAACACCAUUGCCGAUGAGGAUGCCGAGAUUCAGUCAUUUUCUAUGGAAAUUUUGACGACACUAAAAACCCUGAUUGUCAAGCUCGACCCCGACAAGCUCCUGACCUUUCCCCAGCUUUUCUGGACCGCAUGUGCGUGCUUGGAGUCCAUCAACGAGCGGGAGUUUCUCGAAGCGACGGAAAUGCUCAACCAGCUGGUACAAAAGCUUGAUUUUAGGUCGCCGAGCGUGCGGAGGUUGUUGGCGGAUGGGCAGCCCGAUCGUUGGGAAGGCCCGUUUGAGGGAAUCCAGCCCUUGCUUUACAAGGGUCUCAGGUCGUCGUUAUGUUGGCAGGCGACACUCGACACCUUGGACAAGGUUGUGAGUUUGCCUGCCGAUGGCCUGAUCGGCAACGACCAUCGGCUCUUCUUUACAUUAUUAGCAAACAUGCCUCGCUUCUUGAACGAGCUGGAACGCGGAACGCCGAGCGAAGAGACGCUUCAUUCUGCCAAAAUACUCUUGGCCGAGACGGACAAGCAGGGCUUGGAGACGCUGGGAUUGGUCCUGGACGACUACAUCUCCGGCAAGCACGGAGACAGUGAAGAAUUUUUGAACCACCUCUUCAUGGCCAUGAAAGAAUACUACCUGCCCCGGCUGGAGUUCAAAAUGAUAACCUUCCUUAUCGGCUUGCUGACGAACUCGUUGUCGUGGGUCAAAGUUCAAACGAUGCGAAUUCUCUGCAUCGCCAUCCCAGAGGUCGAUAUGCGGAACCCCGAGCUCGCCGGGCACGGGUCGGAUCUCAUCUCGCCCUUGCUGCGCCUCCUGCAAACCGAGUUCUGCAUGGGUGCCCUGGAGGUGCUGGACAACAUCAUGACCAUGUCGGGAAGCCACAUGGACAAGCAUCAUUUGCGAAUGAGCAUGACUCGGUCGAGCAAGGCUGUGCGAAAGGAGUAUGAACGAACGCAAAGCCUGUUUGGCAUUCCGGAAGCGUCCGGCUGGGCCAUUCCCGUUCCUGCGAAGAAGACGGAAGCUACUCGAUCGAACAUCCAUGCUGCUUUUUACAUGUGCCAAAGCACCGAAGGGUCGCACGCAGAGCCGACGCCGACGGCGGAGGUCGAGUUCCACAACGACGAUUUCGCCUACGGGUACUUUGACGCCCACGACCGGACGGAGACGAUGCUCUCGGACGAAGGGCGCGUCGAUAUCGGCGGCGGCGAUGUGAUGACCAAGCUGGACAGUCUCGAUGACUUCUUCGACGAACCGUCGAGCCCUCACACGGACGACGAUGGGCAUUCAUCCCGGACGGUGACCGAGUAUGCUCCCGAGUCGUUCGAAUCGGGCACGCAACUGUAUGACGAGCAGAUCCUCCCCAUCCUUCACGAGGCAUCCAGCACCAAUUUUUUUCAGAACGGGUUCACGGACCGGCCGGUUGCGAUUCCGAGAGACAUGCCCUCCAACACGAUGAACCCCGGGGCCUUUACUGCAGCGAUGCCAUCGCGUCCUGGCUUGCAUUCACGAUCCAUCACGUCACCGUCGGCGCCUGCUUCGUACCAAGCACACAUGGAGAUGACAUCGGAUGACGAGUACCUAUCCGGUGGGUUUUCGGAUGCCGAUGACGAGCGGCCGGAUGGUCGAAUGGCCGAUAUGUCCUUUUCCCUUGCGAGCGUGGGCAAGCUACCUACGCUUCUGUCGCGAAAAGGUACCAGAAGAUACACGAGCAAAUCGCGGGAUGAGAGCCAACGAGAGAGGUCUCUGGCGCCAGCGACGCCCAAGAUUCCAACGAAUCUACCGCAGCCAAAAGUGUCUGGGCCGGGAGAGGGGCAUUAA